AUGGCGCAUAGCGAGAGGGCCGGAUUGGCAAGUGGAUUGGCAGGCUUGAGAAUUGAAACUUCGUUUCAACGACACGAGCGAUGGGCAAAUGAAGGUGGAAGAGCGACACCAGCAGGCGACGGUAUCGAGAGCGAACAUAUCAAUCAAUCUCAUGAUCAUGCGCGUCGCCGCGAUGCUGAUGAAGACAACAGUUUGUUAAGUGAUCUACACUCGGCGACCCCUCCCAUUGCCGUCCCUCGCCCGGACGAGCAUCCCGCCACAGACGAUGCCUCCAGCUAUUCGCAUAAGCCUGAUGAAGUUCAGGGGUCGCCACUUGACGACUAUCUACAGUCUCGCCGACCAUCGAUCUCUUUCAACCCACAGGUCUCUGUUGAGUCUGGAAAUCAGAUUCCACUGGGGGAACCCCUCUCGACAGGAGAUUUCAAAGACCGCCCGCCACAACGAUUUGAAUCUCGUAGCUCAGGACUUAGAAAUGCCCUAUCUCAAGAUGAUGACCAUGAGCAACACGGGGAUGAGUCUCCGAGCUGGACUUCCAAGCGGUUUCAAGAUCGGGGUUUUCCGACCGGGCCAACCCGGGCUCAGCCCUUCACCAGGCCCCAGGAUGGUACCACCAUGAGCUCCGAUAUCGACCGUCCGACAUCUCUCACGUCGCAAUCGACGGUGUCUCCGCUGACAGACGAAGCACGAACCCCUCCCGAUGAAUCCAACCACACGAUGCUGUCACCAUUCUGCGUACCGUCGCCAACGCAGUCUUUCGCAUCGCCUGAGGAUCGCAGCAGCUCCUGGUCAGGGGCCAUAGCCACGCCAUUUGGAAGCAAACGCAGUUCUACUCUUGAUCGCAGCAGCAGUCUCCGAAACUCUACUCGGCACAGCUCCCGACGAUCAACUAUGUCCAGUGGCAAAUCCCCAGCUAGCAUGUUUCUUUCUAUGUGGGGUAGCCGUGAGGAGCCUGCCUCACAGCCUGAUGAUGAAGGUCAAAUGGUAGGAGACGACUAUGUUCUCGGCAAGCAAAUCGGCUUUGGUGGGUUUAGUACCGUCAAGGAAGCCUAUAAGGCCGAAAAGCACGGUGAAACCAAAACACUGGCUGUCAAGAUUGUGAAGAAGCAAAUCUCAGGACGAAGCGAGCAAGAAAACGAUGAAGUGCAAGCCGAGUUUGAUCACGAAGUACGGGUUUGGCGGUACCUUAGCCACCCGCAUGUAUUGACGCUCGAUGCCGUGUACGAAACAGAUUAUGCCACGUUCUGCUUCACCAAACUUGCUAUUGGCGGUACACUUUUCGACCUGGUUCGCCAAAAUCGCAGUGGUCUUGAGCCCAACUUGGCAAAGAAAUAUGUCUACCAGCUGGCCUGUGCAAUCCGUUACCUUCACGAAGAUGCUCGGGUUGUUCACCGAGAUCUUAAGCUGGAAAACUGUCUACUUGACCCCAUCGCUGGCCCAGAUGGCACAAUCUCUUCGACACUGGUACUCUGCGACUUCGGGAUGGCGGAAUGGAUGUCUAUCGACAAUGGCGGCGACUCUCCUGACCCUUACGAGGAUGCAGCUGACCGUCCCCCACCCCAGCAAAUGGGACCCGCAGGCUCCAGUACUAGUGUGGCAGGUAGUUUGGAGUAUGCCUCCCCCGAGCUUCUGCAGUCAGUGGACGGUCUUAUCCACCCAAUGGUUGACGUCUGGGCGUUCGGUGUGAUUGUCUACACCGUCGUCGUUGGCUCGCGACCAUUCCAGGAUCCGUUUGCACCUCGGAUUCAAUCCAACAUCCUCAGUGGCACCUGGGAUCAGAAUGCCGUCUUCGGAGACACGGUCGACGGUCAUCUCCGUCAAGAUCGCGAGAACGCCCUUGACCUAAUCCGCGGUUGCCUUGAAAUGGACCCUGCCAAGCGCUGGACUAUUGGCGAGGUUCUCAGAUGCCCUUGGUUGCGAGAGAUCGCCGAAACUACUGAGAUGUCCCCGGACACCGUAUGGAAAUUAUGA